CGAGGAAGGGAGGAAAACGGCGUCGUUGAGUUUUAACCGGGAAAGAACUUUGCUGUGAAAGAAAAUAAUUUACUUUGACAAGUUGAUGAUGGACUGAGACAUUCUUGUUAGUAUUGAGACAAAGCAUGUGAAAUAGAUUUCUGAGAUUUUUGAAUUACGAGACUGUGUAACCAAAGUGAGUUUUUGAGCUCAGGUGAGAAACCUCUUGCUUUAAACAAGCUUAUGCUUCUCUAACCUAGAAAACAUCAAUCUUUUUAAGGUUAGAAACUUAGAACCUGAAUAUCAACCAUGGUAGAAACUAUUCAAAAGAAUAUAACAAGUUUUUUAUAAUUGUUAAAGACAUUGAUCGCUCCUCCUCUAGGAUAUUUUCAUGUAUUUCUCCUCAAUAAGUUAGACAGCUAUAUUUCCUCAGAAUCAUCCUGUUUCUUGUGUACUAUAAUCUCAUUUUUGCUGCUUUCGGGUGUGGCUUUGGCCUUCUAAUGUAUCAACUUUCUCAUCCAGAAGAAGACGGCAUCCCCACCGAAGAUAUGUAUUCAGCUUCUCGUAAAUGCUUCUUUGUGAGCACUGAGCAGUCAAGUGACUUUGAACCAAGAGAAUGCACAUCGACAGCUCCUGCUUCAUCUCAAUCGGUAGCCUCAACUGCAUCAAAUAAUGUGAAAUGGUUAAUUUUUUAUUGCUUGAACUAUAUAGUCUCUGUUUUUUAGAGAGAAACAGAUUGGUUGCGUAGUAAACGGCUGCUCUGGAUGUAACUGUGGAAAGUCGCCGCCGUUAUUUAACGGUGACGAUUAAUGUUUAUUUACUGGCUGUUUGUUUAUGUUCGUAAAGUAUAUUUGCGCAUUUUGGGCUUAAUCUCCAAUACACUUCAAAUCUCAAUUUGCUGGCCCAUUUGUAUACGACUCAAACCCAAAGACCCAAAAGCCAUUGAAUAAAGAAUAAUUAGAUUAAUCUUAGUGGCACCGACAACCACCAAAUUUUCCAACCACUACUCCCAUGUACCAUCAUAACAAAACACCAAAGAAAAGAAGAUCCUCCUUCCUUCCUUGAAUAAAAAUAAAUAAAGAAUUCAACAGAUCAACCAAUUUAAAAUGCAUGUUUAGCUUGAUUUUUUACUGAAUGAAAAGAAAAAAACAAUCUAAGCAUGCAUCUAGAUGCAGUUCAUUCUCAUUCGUCUAAAUAUAAGAUUAGUAUUUAAAAAAGUAGUCUAGUAAAAUUGUUUUUUUAACUCCAAUCUAGUAAAAUUGUUGAGUUUGAAAACGUUCAAAUCUUUUUUUUUGAAACACAAAUUGUUCUAAUCAUAUUUUAUUUUUCUUGAAACUAUUACUUUCUAAAGUUUUUACUUCAAAAUUUCAAAUCUCAUUUACAAUUUUUUUUUACAUUCUCGUAGCAAUUAAAAACCACAAAACAAAUUAUUUAUUCUUUUGAAAAUCCAUCUUUAGGUACUACCAUAAGGUCCAUAACUACACUUGUGGUUUUUAUAUAGAGUUAAAAUCUAAUAAAAAUUAUUUGAAAUACAAUAUCGUUUUUUCACAAUAUACUUAAUCAAAAAACUCUACGAUUUAGGUUUUAAGUUUAGUAACUAUUGUUCAAGGUUUACGAUAAGGAUAGAACUGAGUUUAUAAACACUUGUAAAUAAUUUAAGAGAGUUAAUUUAAUUAUUUUCAUCAUAAAUUUAAGAUAUUUAUAAAAAAUAAUAAUAAUAAAAAUAGUAUCAUAUUUGUGGUAAUAUUAGAAUUCUCCCAAGCCUAAUUAUAGCAAUAGUGAUGCUAGUUCUCAAAAAAAAAAACAAUAGAGAUGCUAUCGACCUAUGUGUUACAAAAAAAAAAAAGAGAUGCUAUCGACCUAAAUAAAACCAUGUGGCUAUUGAAAUAGUUUCUAUUUUUUACAAAGAAAUGAAUUAUGUGCGAAAGUGAUUGUUGCAUUUGAAAUUAUCAAAUUAUAAAACAUGCCGUUAAUCUAGUGUGUUAUAUAUAUCAUUUUGUUUAUUUCACAUUAACAAAUAUAUAUUUUUGACUAUACGCUGUUGGAACAAAAAGUAAUUUGGAAAAAACAGAACCAAACUUAGUUAGUAAGAAGCACUUUCCACUAUUAUCUUCCUUCCCCACCAACUUCAGUCUUCAUUUCACAAUAAUAAUGUUCAAUGAUACCACCACCUUCGGCUCCGGCGCCGAAGCCGUCGUCCCUACUCCCUCUACCACAAUUCCCACCACCGUCUUCCCCGGCACCACCAUCACUUCCAACUCCACCUUCAUCAUCAUCGGACCUCCUCCACCGUUCCCGGCGCCUCCUCGGAGCAUCAACUUCACUCCUCUCAUACUAAUCUUCGCCGUCGUAGCAAUCAUCGCCGUUCCCGCCUUCGUAUACGCUCUUUUCUUCACUUUCCCAUGUUCUUCCCGCCGCCGCAACUCCACCUCCUCCCGCCGUCGCAGCAGCUCUUUCUCCGACGAUCAUGUCACCGUGGAUAUCACAUCACCGAACACAACCGAUAGAGACUCCUCGACCGCCGCCGCGCCUGAUUCCGGCGUGAAAUUCAAGAAAGAUACUCAUUCCAAAGAGAUCGGGAAUGAGUGCACCGUGUGUCUGUCGGUGUUCGGCGACGGCGAAGAGAUCCGGCGACUGAGCGCGUGUAAGCACGCGUUUCACGUGUCGUGUAUCGAGACGUGGCUCAAAGAUCAUCCCAACUGUCCCAUAUGCCGAGCAGACGUCCCCGUUAAACAGACAGAAGCAAACGUUAACGGUAACGGUAACGUGAAUCGCAGCGGUGGCGGUAACCGUCGAGUUUCUGCGACCAAUAGAGAUGAUGAUUGGCGUCAAGGUCUACCUGAUGCUUCUAGUUUAGUUUGAUUUUUCUUAUAUUGUUUUUUUUUGUAAUUUAUUUCUCGAUUUUGUAAUCUAUGAAAUGAUUUUGAAAUAUUUAUUGUGGCUGUUAACAAAUUAUGUUUGUGUUCAUUAA